ACUGGCCUCUUUAUUCUAACGCUCGGUCUAACGAACUAGUAUGUUUAAACAAAUUGUGUUGAAUUUUCAUAUUUAAAUAUUAUUUUCAUUUCUAUUUUCUAUAUAGAUUAAUAUCGAUUUCGAACUGAUGCACCCAAAUAAGAGUCAUCUUCUUUUCAGUAAAUGGAAGGGAUUUUUGGAAAAAAUUGUAAGCUAUUACUAUUUACAUAUAAAAGACAAAAGGUCUAAGGAAGUUCUGACAAAUUCGAAGAAUACUACUGAACAAAAUUCAUUAGAUUACAUACACACUAUUCUGCUAAAUUCAGUUAUUUUACCAAACGCACGUUUUUCGGAUAAACGAGGAAAAAAUUCAAAAAAGAUUUCUAUACCAGAUGCUAACGAGAGUUUUAUUGUUCACCUUACCACUAUAAAUGAUUAUGAAAAGGUAAUAUCAGAACUAAAAGAGAAAUAUUAUAACAGAAGUUUAACUAUUCAACCUUUUAUAAUAGUUGUAGGUCAUAGUAUUUAUAAUCUUGAAAAAUUUUACGUAUAUUUUGAUAAAACACUCUUAAAAUGUGACUCUUUUUUGAAAAGUUUAGAUAUUUGCUUUAAAAUAAUUUAUACAUUGUCUUUAGAAUAUCCAAAAGGAUGCCAAGGUCCGUGGCUAUUUAUACAAGAAUACUUUUACGAAAUUAAACCUAUUAAUGAUAACAAAUUAUCAGCCAUUUACUCCUUGUUAAACUUUUUAAAAACAUAAUUAUCAAUUUCAAUAUGUUGAUUUGUUUCGUUUGUAAUAAAGAAAUAUCCCUCUUAAGUAACUUAAUACAACAUUAUCAAAUUGUCCACUUUUUUAAUUCAGCUAGUACAAUACAGUGCAAGCAAGAUGAUUGUACUCAAAAAUUUUCAUGUUUCAAAUCAUUUAAAGCUCACAUUUAUCGUAAGCAUAUUAACAAUUCAAAUAAAAAUUAUAUUCCGCAACCCUCAGACAACCCUAGCUCUACUUAUAUUAGUAAUUUGCCUGUUGCUAAUGAAAAAGUUUCUUCAAAUUGUAACCUUAUAAAUGAUUCAGAAUUAUUGUCAA